AGCCAAUAAUGAUCACUUCCCAUUCAAAUCUCAAACUACUGUAUAAUAUUUGCAGCAAAUCUAUUAAUAGUUGGAGACAGAUCAGAUCUCCAUUUCUUUACAUUCAUAUCACCAACGAUGGCUCGCCGUGACGUUCUCCUCCUCUCCCUCCUCCUCGCCACCGUCUCCGCCGUCACAUUCGCCGACGAUGAAGCAGAUUGCGUCUACACAUUCUACCUAAGAACCGGAUCAAUAUUCAAAGCCGGUACAGAUUCGAUCAUAAGCGCAAGAAUCUACGACAAAUACGGAGACUACAUCGGGAUCCGAGACCUAGAGGCAUGGGGUGGUUUAAUGGGACCAGGUUACAACUACUACGAGAGGGGUAAUCUCGACAUUUUCAGUGGGAAAGCACCGUGUCUUCCGAGCCCAGUUUGUUCAUUGAAUCUGACCUCCGACGGCUCCGGCGACCACCACGGUUGGUAUGUUAACUACGUGGAAGUCACGACGGCCGGUGUUCACGCUAAGUGCUCGCACCAAAACUUUGAUGUUGAGCAAUGGCUUGCGACCGAUACGUCGCCGUAUGAACUCACUGCCGUACGGAACAACUGCCCCGUUUCGCUCAGGGAGAGUGUUGGUCGGGUCGGGUCUGAGAUCCGGAAGACUCUCUCUUGGAUCGUGUGAAUGAGUGAAUGUGUGUGUGUUAAUUUCUUGGAGACUUGUUCUAUGUCGUCUUGUGAACGUGUGAUCACGAAAAUGAUUCGGUCGAAUAAAAUUUCAGUUUUUGUUUGCAUGUGAGAUUUUAA